AUCUCACCCCUCACCACAACUCUAGGCUUCCCUGUUGGCUCAGACGGUAAAGAAACCGCCUGCAGUGCAGAAGACCUCGGUUCGAUUCCUGUGUUGGGAAGAUUCCCUGGAGAAGGAACCUUUUAGCUUCCUUGUCCACUCUGGUUUUCUUGCCUGAAGAAUUCCACGGACAAAGGAGCCUGGCGGGCUACAGUGCAAAGGGUUGCAAAGAGUUGGACAUGACUGAGUGAGUAACACUAAUACCACAGCUCUGAGAGUUCCUCAGAGACAGGGAGGGGGAGUUCGGCAGGUUCCAGCCAAAGUCGCAAAGGUGGAAGGUGACAGAACUAAGGUGUGUAUUUGGCUCAAACCCUGAGCUGGUGUCAGAACACCGAGCUGGAUGGAUCGAGAUGCUGGUGGGGUGCGUGUUAGCCAGAGCCCCUUAUUUGACCCUCCCUCCCCCGGAGCCCACAGGCAGGUUGGCCCCAGGUGAGCGCCAAACCUGCCUUGAACCCACCACUGACAUCCCCCCAAGCAGCCUCUUAGCACUGCAAUCCAUGAAACCCCAGCUGAUGGAUGGAGGGCCCUCUCCUUGCUACCUCUUAGGUCUUUCCAGCCUCCAAAGGCAGCUUUGUUUGCUUAUUCCAGGCCUGGGUGGGUAUAAUCUGUCCAUUCUCAGCACAGUUUAGCCUGGUCCAUCCAUUCAGGCCCACCAUUCCUGGGGACACCUAUGAAUUGCUCCUUUGGGCCCAAGGCAAAGCUGUAUCAGCAUUCAAGGAGCAGCCUUCCCAAGGUCAAGGUUUUCUGUGGUAUGACCAGUUCCCUUCUCAAUGCCACCCAGCAGUGAAAUGGCCUCUCUGGCUGCAAGAGUAUUCUGUCUUCCUCUAUCUGCCCAUCUUCUGUUCUGUCUCAUAUAGAAUCAGGCUUGGCUUUGAGUAAUAAAGAUACCACUUAACAAAAACCAAAGGUCUGCUUCUCUCAUAAAAGUCCUGAGGCAUGCAAUCCAAAGCCAGUAUGAAGGUUUUAUGCAGUCCUCAAAGACCUAAGCUCCUUCCAGCUCACUGCUCCACCAUUUUGUUUUCAUGGUCCAAAAUGGCAGCCAAGAUUCCAGCCAUCACAGCUGCAUCCCAGGCAGUAACACGGAGGAAGGAUAAAGAAGAAGGAGGUAAAUCAUACAUGCUAGUUUACUUUUUUUUCUUGAUAGUUUACUUUUAAGAAAGAGUCAUAGCAGAUGACACAUGACACUGCUGCUUGGUCACACAGUCGCAUCUAGCUGCAAGGGAGCCUGAAGUAGUCUUAAUUCCAGGUAGCCAAGUUCCCAGGUAAAGUAGGGGGUUGUUUAUUGAGGAAAAGAGAAUGGACAUUGGGGGUAACUAUCUAUGACACCCCAUCCAUUCAAUGAGCAUUUAUUGGAUGCUCCCUGUACUUACCCAUGUUACAGUACUUAUAAUGUGAUCAAUACCUUCGCGUCUCGUGAGCGAUAGACCGUGCCUGGCAUUUAGUAGUGCUCGGUGGCCAUUAUUAUUAGUGGUGAUAUAAGCACAAGCUUCUGGGAGAACAGAGAGAAGGUCCCGCCUGGGAAUGUUGGAGGUCUUCCUUUUUUUCUUGGUUCUGGAAGGCUGGGAUGGUUGACGGUAGUCAUCUUAGGAACUCGUGUUACCUCCCCGAUUUCUAUUCCAUCCUACCUGUACCUUCUCAGGGAAAUGACUCUUAUGAUUCCUGCUUACCAAGGCACCUGUGAUAGCUAACAGCCAAGCACAGGCUCUCCAGGGUGAAAAGUGCAACCAUAUGGAAGAGAAUUCUGCCAACAGUUAUGGUGAGGGGGCUAGUUCUGAAGACCUUGGAAUCUUCCCGAAGCCCUAGAAAAAUCAUACUGUAGAUUGUCACACAAUUGUGUGACUGCAGUCACACAGUUACUUCUGAAAUUGGAAAAUAACAAUAAGUACUCUCUAAAAUGCCUCCGUCUGGCAGCGUGGGGGUUGCAGAUGCCAGGUGCCCUUCCAAGGUGAUUCAGAGCAAGAGUCCCUGGAGGGCAGGGCAGCCCUCAACCCACCUGGCAGGAUGAGGAAGACGCUGAAAGCUCGGCUACGUGGCCUUGCUUGGUCUCUCGGAGGUGGAGGAGCCCGGGUGGGUGCUGGGGCUGGAGCUCCCCCCACGAGGACUGUGGGGAGCAAGCUGCAGCUGGCUGACUGCCACUCCGGGCCUGGGAAAGCGAGCUACCGGUCCUUCCUGAGCCCCAGGCUAUGAUAGGCCUGCGCCAGGCCCUGUGGGGCACACAGAACUUAGGGUGGGUGGGCCUAUGAGCCUUGGGUGUCUUUCCCCAAAGCUCUCUCCAUCCCUGACCUGGGGAGCCAGACAGCGCCUCCUCCAGGAAGCCCUUGCUGACUUCCUUUGCCAGAUGCCCACCGUCACUGUUCUCCCACGUCCCUCCACUGGGCUCUUUCCAGUGCUGACUGCUCCUGUUCCCUGCCCUCAGCUGACCCCUGUACCUUGCACGUAAGAUGAACUCGGUAACGAUAUAUCAACUAUUGAAUGAGUGAGUGAGUGAAUGUAUGAAUGAGUGACUGAAUGAGUUCCCGGGCUGCCAGGGGGUGGUUCCCCCAGCGAGGAGGGGGAGACCUGCAAGGGUUAACCAGGAGCCCGUCUGUGGUCUGAGGUAAGCAGGGAGCGUAUUUGUUCAGGUAAAUACGGAAGGAUUACUUAUAAUGGGAAAUCAGGCCCCGGCCAACUCUUCAUCUCAUGCCGCCUAACUUCCUCCCAGCACAUUCCUGCACUCCGCCCGCGUCCACACUGCCCCGCAGACCCGGUCCCCUGAGCCCACUGCAGCCUCUCUUGUAAGCCCCCCGGCUGGGUCUUGCCACAGUGCCAGAAAGUGGCCCUGAGCUGGGGGCAGGGGGGCUCCCUACGGGGCGUGCAGCCCUGAGACCUCAGAGAGCUGCCCGUCGAGGGUGGCCAGGCCCCCGGCGGCCCACCCGAGUGCCACCUCUGCCCUCAGUCCUGCCGGCCCCUGGUACCACCGGUGCCCCAGAUGCCUGGCUGAGACCCAGCAGCAGUCCCAGCUGCCCGCACCUCCCCCUGGCCCCCAAGGUUGGCGCUGCUGCGGACAACUCCUUGGGCACCAGGCAGCUAACGGACACAGCCGCCAGCCCAAGCAGCAUGGGCAGCGCCAGCCCGGGCCUGAGCCCCGGGCCACCCGGCCGCCUCCUACUGCCCCCAGACAGCGCACUGCGGACAGGCCUGGAGAAGGCGGCUGUGGCGGGGACGGGGCCUGAGCGGCGGGACUGGAGCCCCAGCCCGCCUGCCACCCCUGAGCAGGGCCUGCCCACCUUCUACCUCUCCUACUUUGACAUGCUGUACCCCGAGGACAGCAGCUGGGCGGCCAAGGGCCCCGGGGCCAGCGCGCGGGUGGAGCCCCCCGACGAGCCCGAGCAGUGCCCGGUCAUCGACAGCCAAGCCCCGGGGGGCAGCCUGGACCUGGCCCCGGGUGGGCUGACCCUGGAGGAGCACUCGCUGGAGCAGGUGCAGUCCAUGGUGGUGGGCGAGGUGCUCAAGGACAUCGAGACGGCCUGCAAGCUGCUCAACAUCACGGCAGACCCCGUGGACUGGAGCCCUGGCAAUGUGCAGAAGUGGCUGCUGUGGACGGAACACCAGUACCGGCUGCCCCCCGUGGGCAAGGCCUUCCAGGAGCUGGGGGGCAAGGAGCUGUGUGCCAUGUCCGAGGAGCAGUUCCGCCAGCGCUCGCCCCUGGGCGGGGACGUGCUGCACGCCCAUCUGGACAUCUGGAAAUCAGCCUCGACCAGCGAGGAGAGCUGGACGGACAGCGAGGUGGACUCGUCCUGCUCCGGGCAGCCCAUCCACCUCUGGCAGUUUCUCAAGGAGCUGCUGCUGAAGCCGCACAGCUACGGCCGCUUCAUCCGGUGGCUCAACAAGGAGAAGGGCAUCUUCAAAAUUGAGGACUCCGCGCAGGUGGCCCGGCUAUGGGGCAUCCGGAAGAACCGCCCCGCCAUGAACUACGACAAGCUGAGCCGCUCCAUCCGCCAGUAUUACAAGAAGGGCAUCAUCCGCAAGCCUGACAUCUCCCAGCGCCUGGUCUACCAGUUCGUGCACCCCAUCUGAGCACCGGGUCCUGGGCCUGAAACAUGCCCUUACCAGACCUCCCUCCUGCCUGCCCUGCUUCGGCCAGACCCAGAGCUGGGAAAGAGGGCAGUCUGUGGCAUCCAGAGUUCAAGGUCAGGGAGGGGAUGCCCCACUGCUCCCAGAGAUGUCAGUGAGCUCUCUGGGAAGAGAGCCCCAGGGUCGGGGGGUGCUUCCCCCUUGGGCCUGACUGCUCCACGGCCAGUCCACUGGAGGAUGGGGGGAGGCAGGGCUGUCCUCGGUGUUCAUGGCUCCCCAGGGAAGGGACCCACACUCUGUUGCAGCCUCUGACCCCAGAUGUUCCAGAGCAGAGCCGACAGAAUGGCAGUGACUUGGCCAAGGCCACUUGCCCUCCAGUGCCCUCUGUUGCCUGUCCAGCACUGCGCCUGGCAUGGUGCCAGGAGACAUCUGGACCCCCGAGUUGGGAAGCCAGGGGUGCCCUGGGGGCGGAUAAUAAAGAACCUAGGGAACUGA